GGGAAGUCAGAACAGGAACUCAAGGCAGUUACCUGGAAUCCGGAACUGAAGCAGAAGCCAUGGAGGAACGCUGCUCGCUGGCUUACUCUCAUUGGGUUUUAACCUUCUGCCUAGGGCCCUGAGGGCUUCCUUCACACAGGCAGCAGCUUCUGGAACAGGAGACCUAGAGUGAGCUCCUCCAGCCGGAGCAGGGAUGCUUGCAAAUCCACGCGAGGCACUUUCUUAUACACACCGGGGCUACCUGCCCAACACUGGCAACACCCACAGUGGCCUGGGUCCCCCCACCAAUCAUUAAUCAAGAAAAUGUUGGACAAACUUAUUAAUAGGCUAUCUUGUGAGGAUGUUUUUUCAAUCAAAAUUCCCUCUUCCUAGAUAUAUCAAGUUUGUGUCAAGUUAACAAAGACCAACCCGGACAGCAUCUUUUCUACUCUGAUAUCCUUCUAGCUACACUGGAUCGCGGAUCAAAGUUGAGAGACUUAGACUGCUCCUUGUCUCAGGCUCUUGUGGAGAUUAGAGGAUCCUCAAAGGCAACACGACUCCUCUGGCCCCCGCGUAGCUGCCUUUCCAGAGAAGGCCACCAGGGGACUCCGCUCUGAGCCGGUGAGUUGCAGUGGCGCCCGGGCGAGCUGCGCGGCGCGCUGGGUGCAUGUGGGGCCGCAUCAGAGCCGUGGCCGCUGCAUCUGGAGUCACGCGUGCUGGCCUGAAACCCCUCGCGUGAAUUUGCAAGCAUCGCUGCUCCGGCUGGAGGAACUCGCUCUUUUUCUCUUGCUCCAGAAGCUGCCCCCGGCGUGAAGGAAGCCAGCAGAGCCCUAGGCAGAAGGUUAAAACCCCAAGGAAGGAACAUGAGGAUCCCUUGGAGAUCAUUCAAGAGGACGAUGGAAGGAGCCAUUUAGAAUAAAUAGAGUAAAACCUACAGGCUGCAACGCUGGGGCCUGAAGGCUGGCAGUGGAAAACCCUGUUGGGCUGCGAUCUCUCACUCAAAAGUCCCAAGUGCCUUUUUGCGUCCUGCAAAAGGAAGGAAGCCAAGGAGGAGACCAUGUCCAUCGCCCUGAAGCAGGUGUUCAACAAGGACAAGACCUUCCGGCCCAAGAGGAAGUUUGAACCCGGCACGCAGAGAUUUGAGCUGCAUAAACGGGCUCAGGCGUCCCUCAACUCAGGUGUGGACCUGAGGGCAGCCGUGCAGUUACCCAGCGGCGAGGACCAGAACGACUGGGUGGCCGUGCAUGUGGUGGACUUCUUCAAUCGCAUCAACCUCAUCUACGGCACCAUCUGUGAGUUCUGCACUGAGCGGACCUGCCCUGUGAUGUCAGGGGGCCCCAAAUACGAGUACCGGUGGCAGGAUGACCUCAAGUACAAGAAACCAACCGCACUGCCCGCUCCCCAGUACAUGAACCUGCUUAUGGAUUGGAUUGAAGUCCAGAUAAACAAUGAGGACAUAUUUCCAACAUGUGUUGGUGUUCCCUUCCCAAAGAACUUCCUCCAGAUCUGCAAGAAGAUCCUGUGCCGCCUUUUUCGGGUCUUCGUCCACGUCUACAUCCAUCACUUUGACCGCGUCAUUGUCAUGGGUGCGGAGGCUCACGUCAACACCUGCUACAAACACUUCUAUUACUUCGUCACAGAGAUGAACCUCAUAGACCGCAAGGAGCUGGAGCCCUUGAAAGAGAUGACAACCAGGAUGUGUCACUAACACUCGGCCCCAUCUUCUGGAAGAAAGGAGCACUGUUGCCACCAGGAGUCCCCAUGGGACAGGACGUGGCCCUCGGUGGCUGAACGGAUCCUGACUUCCAGGAGCAGGAAAGCUGGAGUCCCACAAGGACUUCUUACUCACCUCAUGUGCUCGCAACCCUCUAAGUGCUGCUAGCCAGGACCUGUGGGCCGCACAGACCGCAGCGAGAAGGACCAGCCUUAACCCCUUGGGCCGAGGACAGGGCCGGAGAGGCUGCUGCACUUCCGCCCACUUCCGUCACACUUCUGCCUGUGACCCACCCGCUAGGCUUUACUGGAAUUCGGGUUCUGAGACUGAGGGUUUUGUUGUGGUGGUUCUUUUCCACUUAUGCCUUCUUGACUAACUUCUCUGUCACUUAUUUUUCUAAGUCCUAAGCAAGCGCGGGGCUACCAUAUAGGUAGUACGUUUUCCUAUCCCCUCUCUCCUCGACUCCCUGCAGGUCUCUGGGCCUGUGGCUUAGCCUUACAUAGGGCUCGGAGCUGGGGAAAGCCUGCAAUUCUCCUGAAAACAUUCCCUCAUGGGCAGUUUCACCAGGGACCACUUACUCGAUGGGCUACAUGGUCUGUGCCCCAGACAGGCCACUCACAUGCCACACUCUUUGGGAAGAGUCUGGCGACAGGAAAUAAAGCUAGUGUGUUAUAGUUUACCCUAGUCAGAAUGUAUUCUUUGUAGCCACAGUCAUUUCUAGAUGCUGCCAUUAAAGAUAUACUCUCCCAUUUCCCAGAAGAGAGGAAAUAAAGUUUUUAAAGGACCAAUAAGAUUCUUGAGCCAGAUUAGUGCAGUGUUUGUUCUUUAUUAAGGGGUAGUGAGUCCUGGCUGAUCCUAUAUAUAUAUUAUGGGGAUUUCAGUGACAAGACAACAGACAGUUGGUACAAAUAGAUUAAAUACUCUUGACCUGUAGCCUUCCCAACUGACCCUUCCCUCCUAUUUCCCUCCCUGUCCUCUCAUUCUCUUGUUCUCUCUCUCUCUCUCUCUCUCUCUCUCUCUCUCUCUCUCUCUCUCUCUCUCUCUCCCUCCGUCUCCUGUGCUAUAUGACACAAAAUUCAUUUCUGUCCAGUGGGUGUGCGACAGUCACCAAGGUCUUCCUUCUACCCAUUCAGUCUCAGAAUAACCAUGCUAUGUUCUCUCCUGCCUUUGUGGAAGUUUUAGGAAAUGAAAUGUUGCCUUCUCUGAUUCCCUCACAAAACUGGGUCUCUCUGAAGCUUGACUAAGAAGUACCCGUACGCCCCUUGAAAUUGAAUUUAAUAAAGUAUCUGUUGGUGGAGGGAAGCAGA